AUGAGACCCAUCUUACUCCAAGGCCAUGAACGGUCUAUCAAUCAAAUAAAAUUCAACCGUGAUGGUGAUCUUCUGUUCUCAGUGGCAAAGGACAAGACUCUUUGCGCUUGGUUCUCCGCCAAUGGCGAAAGAUUAGGCACAUACCACGGACACCAGGGUGCCCUUUGGACUGUCGAUGUCGCUCCAAAUAGUGCUCUCGUUGCUACUGGUGCCGCAGACAACACCAUCAGACUCUGGAAUACGAAGACGGGCGAGUGUGUUAAGGUCUGGAACUUCCCUACAGCUGUCAAGCGGGUGGAGUUCAGCGUGGAUGGCAAGCGGCUGCUGGGCGUGACCGAGAAGCGCAUGGGAUAUCUGGCUACUAUUGUGGUGUUCGAUAUACGGUAUGGAGACAAAAAUGGAAACAACUUGGAUGACCAGCCUGAUGAGCCUACACUGAAGAUUACAUGCGAAGAGAGCAAAGCAACGGUUGCUGGGUGGAGUUUCUUGUCGAAAUAUAUCAUUGCUGGACACGAGGAUGGUAGUGUCAGCCAAUAUGACGCGAAGACCGGAGAACAACUCGAAAACGUCCAAGCCCAUGAAUUCGACUACCAAAUUAACGACAUUCAAUUUUCACCUGACAGAACAUACUUCAUCACUGCAUCCAAAGACAAGAGUGCCAAGAUAAUCUCCGCCCGAAACCUCGCCAUCCUCAAAACCUACGUAGCAGACACACCGCUCAACACCGCCGCCCUCACUGUAAAGAAAGAAUUCGUAAUUCUCGGCGGCGGCCAAGCAGCCAUGGACGUCACCACGACUGAUGCCCGCCAGGGUAAAUUCGAAGCCCGCUUCUACCACAAGAUCUUCGAGGACGAGAUUGGCCGCGUCAAGGGCCACUUCGGUCCCCUCAACACAAUCGCCGCGCAUCCGUUGGGGACAGCCUAUGCAUCUGGUGGAGAGGACGGAUACGUCCGUGUCCACCAUUUCGAUAAGCCGUAUUUUGAUUUCAUGUAUGAAGUUGAAAGGGAGCAGAUGCGGAGAUAA